AUGCCUGCGAGAACCAUUGUAGCUGACGGGUUAUGGCAUUGCCUCUGUCCGUCCUACAAACAGGCACCCUUGAGGUGGCCCAACUUCCCAAGGCGGCUGAAACAAUAUGUCAAUCCCCCCGUCAGUACCUGCUCCGCCGCCCGAUCCUUCACGCGAACGAGAGAAGUCGCUCUGCUCUCCCCGGAGGUGAAAUCACAUCUCGAAACGGAAAAUGGCGCGCUGCCUGGGAAGUAUGAUCCAGAAAUACCAGGCGAUAUAGACCAAUAUUUUACAAAAGCCCCGCGGAGUAAACAUUUCCCUCACAGAACCUUCAAAGAUUACACGCAUUUGGAUUGGUCUAUUCGAAUGAGAACAGAUGGACACAUUGAAAGGGCACUACGGAAGACGGUCGAGGGAAUCCCGAAUUACAAAUUGACCAUGAAAUUAAUGAGGGAGCUUAUCCGGAGACGAGGCUUUCAGCCACAAACAUGGCACUACACCGUGCUGAUAACGGCUAAUACCGAUGCGUUGAUGGGAUGCUCCAAGCACGUCCGAAGCCUACUAAAAGAGAUGGAAGAGAAUAACAUACCAAUUGACUCGGCGACUCUCCAUGCAGUAUUGAAGGUUCUCGCGGUGCACCCUGAUUAUCUCUUACGCCAGAAAAUCCUUCACACCCUACGCGACCGCUGGUUGACAAUUUCGCCUGAAGGAUGGCAUAAUAUCGUAACUGGACUCAUCCGGGAAGGACAGUUUGAGAUGACGCUGGACCACAUAUCUCGCAUGCAAGCCCAGAACAUCCCAGUCGAACCAUGGCUCUACAGCCUAUUAAUAUAUAAUCUGUGUGAAGUCGAAGACUUCGACAUGAUCUUAGAAUUGAUGGUUAAAUGGAUAAAUAGCGGAAAUGAGCUCUCACCAAACUUGUGGUUUCACAUCCUCGUCACAGCCAGCGAGUCAUUCCACGAGAAAUGCGUCGGCUUCAUAUGGAAAGAGCGCGUGCAGCCCGGCCUCAUUAAUCCGCCUUACGGGGUCUGCAGCAACAUCCUCAUAAUGACGUCGCGGACAGGUAAUACAUGGCUAGCCGGCGAAGUUUUCCGAGUUUUACGAGAGCGCCAGGGCAUUUUCCUACUAGAAGAUUAUAAUUGUCUUGUCGACACUUACCUCGCCGCAGACGACCUUGACUUUGCUUUGCGCGUCCUCUGCACUGCCCAAAAGGCCACUUUUCAGCUUGGCGAGACAGCCACACGGUCGAUCUUCACCUACUGCAUCGAAAAGAGCAUCCGGCCGCGGACCGUCUGGCAGACGCUGGCAGAUAUGAAAACGAAAGAACGCCUCAAAGUGCCUUUGGUAGCUGUAAACGCAGUGAUCGAAAUGGCGGUCCACCACAAAAGCAUGACCGUCGCUCUAGAAUUUUACCAUGAGUUAGCUCACGUCUUCGAACAUCGGCCCUCGGCCACAACCUUCAACCAUCUUAUCCGCGGUUGCCGCGUCACAGGCGCGCACGAUAUGGCAAAUUUCUUUGUGCAGGAGAUGGUUCUCCUGGACGUCUUCCCGGACCGGAUGACAUAUGAAUACCUGGUACUGCUCUGCGUAGAUGCAGGACGGUUCCGCGAGGCACAUAGGUAUUUCGUUGAGAUGAUGGAUAGCGGGUUUUCGUUGACACCUGGGUCGAAGGUUCAUGUUCGCACGCGAUGUUUCGAUUCUGAUGAUCAGUAUGCGAAGCUUUUGCAGUACGAUUCCGAGAUACGUAAACCGAUUUCUAGACGACCUACGGCCUCCAUUCUCCGCCAGAUAGUUGCGGGCCCUCGACUCCGUCAUCCCGAAGCUGGUCUUGAUUUAUGCUAUGUGACGGACGAGAUAAUUGUCACUUCCGGACCUUCCUCUACCUAUCCCCGCCGUGUGUACCGCAACCCUACAGACUCCCUCGUCCGUUUCCUAGACCUCAAACACGGCGAAAAUUGGGCAAUCUGGGAAUUCCGGGCGGAAGGCACGGGAUACCCAGAUGAAGAGGUCUAUGGUCGUAUCCACCAUUUCCCAUUUCCGGACCACCACCCACCGCCCUUCGCACUUAUUCCACAUAUCAUGGCUAGCAUGCGGAAUUGGUUGCUAGGGGAUGGGGGUAAUAUGGGGGAAAUGGAAGGUGAGGUUAGGGAUGACGAAGGUGAUGGUGAUGGUGAUGGUGAUGAGAGGGGGAAACGGGUGGCUGUCGUGCAUUGCAAAGCUGGCAAGGGGCGGAGCGGGACGAUUGCGUGUAGCUUUCUGAUUAGUGAGCGGGGGUGGGUAGCUGAGGAGGCGCUAAGGCGGUUUACAGAAAGGAGAAUGAGAGCGAGGUUCGGGGAAGGUGUGAGUAUACCCAGCCAACUGAGAUGGGUGGGAUAUGUGGAUCGGUGGACGAAGGAGCUGGGGAAGGUAUAUGUGGAGAGGCCUGUGGAGGUGUUGGAGGUGCAUAUAUGGGGGUUGAGAGAUGGGGUGGAGGUGGACGUUGAGGGAUUUAUUGAGGAGGGGAGGCGGAUCAAGUGUUUUCAUCGGUUUCAUCGGUGUGAGAAGAUUAUAAUGGGUGGCGAAUGGAAGGGGUGUGAGGAUGGGACGGGGAAGGUGAAAGCUAGGCCGACGCCAGAGGAGGACGAUGAUGAGAGCACGUUGAAUGAUACCGGUAGCCUAACUAUCCCACCAGAUACGUCACCGCCGCCCAUACCUUCAGACAUCGCUCCGCCAUUCCAACCCAUCACCACACCGAAACCCUGGUCCAAAAUGUUCCAAAGCGUCCUAUCUACCUCUACAGACAUGGAAACCGUCAUUCCAGCCAUAAUCCUCCGCCCACAAAAUAAAGUCAUAAUUCCCACCUCAGACGUAAAUAUCAGUAUCGACCGGCGAGCCCUGUCCACAUACACUAGUUGGACGAUGAUUACAUCCGUUGCGCACGUCUGGUUUAAUGCAUACUUCGAAGGUGGGCAUGCGUAUGAUUCUGGAGUCUUUGAGGUGGACUGGGAGGCGCUGGAUGGGAUUCGAGGGACGAGUAAUAGGGGCGUGAAGGCCUUGGAUCGGCUGAAGGUUGUGUGGAAGUAUGCGGAGGUGGAAAAGGGACCAGAAACAGAGGCUGGGGUAUCAGCUACUGCAGGGAAAGUUAUUCGGGAGCCAGCGCCAGGAGAGCCUGUUACAGAGAGCCAUGCGGCAGAUUGGCGAGGUCGGGAGCAACAGGAGCAAGAGGUUGUUGAUCCCAAUGCUCCAAAGGAGGAGCUUUUGAGGAGGUCCUUGUAA